UGGCUUCCUUCCUCGACUAUGACGACCACCACAUCGGCCUUUUUCUAUGGCACUCUCAUGCACCCCAAGAUCCUGAAGCGUGUCAUCGGAAACGAUGGGGCGCAUCUGCUUAUCUGCCCAGCGAUCUUAAUGGGUUACACGCGGCACCAAGUCAAACAUGCAGACUACCCAGGCGUCCUCCCGUACUCUGAAAGUCGCCAGUUGUUCGACCACGAGCUAGAUCGGGAGACCAAUUCUGUGCGCGGUGCCAUGGUCACCGGGCUCACUCAUUCCGACAUGGCACUGCUGGACACCUUCGAAGGUGACGAGUACACGCGAUCCACUGUGCCCGUGUACCCUCUGGAGCCGCUCGUAGAUCUGUCACAAUACCGCAUGCUCCCAGAAACCCUGACGCCGCUCCCGGGACCCGCUGAAUUGCCGGCCUCGGCUCCAGUGGACACGUACAUCUUCAAGGACAUGUCACGUCUUGUGCGCGACGUGUGGGACUUGGAGGAUUUUGUGAACAAAAAUGCAUGGAAGUGGUACGGGGACGGGUCGAGGGACAACCCAGAUUUUACGGAAGUAGACAGGCGGCAGGCCGCAAGUAGGAUGGAUUCGUAGAAUGGAAAACGAAUAGUAAGGGAUGUCAAAGCAAAUAAUAAGCAAAUAAUGUUCUGAGGAGUUGAACGACCAUUGCAAGGGAUUGGAUUACACCGCACGAAUGUAUGUAUUGCGGACACGUGAAAAGGGUGCUUGUGCUUAUAUAUACGAUGGCCGGACUGGCGGAGCAUAAGACAGACCAAAAGAAAAAGCAGUGAGUGGAACUCUCGAAGAGCUCGUGGAUUCGGAAAAAUUGCCAAGUGACAGUAGUUUGGCACCCGACACGGAUUCCUCUAGUAAAAGGCGAGAGGAAUGUCAGGGUUGUGGAUGCCAAUGCCACUGGUUAGGAGGAGACCGAUGGAAUGUCG